UGCAGACAUAAUCUGAGGAAGGAAUCGAAUUGAAUCAUAUAUAUCGUUAACGAGGAGCAUCCACCUAGCUAGCUAUCUGGAAUUGAAGAAUUGAAGAUCGAAGAUGGAGAUGCGGUCAUGGUGGAUCUGGAAAUGCUAUUUGAUUGUGUUGAUGUUGUUGAGAGGCAGUAAUGGCGUGGAGAGCUUCGUAGGCAUGAACUGGGGCAGAUACGCGACGCAUCAAUUGGUGGCGUCGUCGGCGGUGGAUUUGCUGCUUCAGAACGGGAUUUCUGACGUCAGAAUAUUUGCGCCGCGGCCUAGCGUUAUGGUGGCCUUUGAACAGAGCUCCAUCGGCGUCACCGUCACCUUGUCCAGAGACUUCAUUCUCAGAGACAAAUAUGUUUCCAAUCUCCAGAACGUUAGCAACUGGAUAGUUGAACUUCUUCUGCCACCCAUUCGAAAUAAAGUCAACAUUACGUAAGUCCGUCCAUCCAUAGUCCAUACCAUACGCCUUUCAAUCAUAUAUUCAUCUC